CCUCGGCGCCGCCCCCGGGACAGACUCCUGCUGGAAACAAUGCAGCCCCUCGAGGUCAGGUCUGUGUUCGAGGCUGCCCAGGACCCCACCUUCCUGCACGGACUCUCCCUCGUCAAUGGCUUUUCAGAGGAGGUGCCGUCCACAGACUCGAAUGCCAUAGUGCAAGAGAAGCCAGUGGCGGGCGAUGGGGAGGAGAGAGCCCGCGGGGUCCCGGAGAUAUCGGACCGGAUGUGCUGUUCAUCCUGCUCCCGGGAGUUUGACAGCAGGGAGGAGCAGACUGAGCAUUACCGCCUGGACUGGCAUCGCUUCAACCUGAAGCAGCGUUUGCUGGGGCGCCGGGCACUCGCAGCAGAGGAGUUCGAGGAGAAGACCCGUGCAGGUGACGUCUCCAGCAUCUCUGGGUCCGAUUCUGAUGACUCCGAUUCGGGCAGCGAGUCCGAUCUGCUCUCUCCCCGAGGCCACGGCGACCCGGGGAGCGACCAGCAGAGCCAUCGCCCAGGCACCCGCUCGGCUAAGGUCCUGUUCCACAACUCCCAGGGCCAGCUGCUCUCUGCCUACCGCUGUGUGCUGGGCAGUAAGAAGGGCGGUGGUGAGCAGCAGGCAGAGCUGGUGGCAUCUCUGCAGAGCCUGGGCGCAGGCACCUGUUGGGUUAUCCUGAUGACAGGCGGUGGACAUUUUGCAGGAGCCGUUUUCAGGGGGCCUGAGGUGCUGGAUCACAAGACCUUCCACCGGUACACGGUGCGUGCCCGCCGGGGCACGGCGCAGGGACUGCGCGAUGCCCAGGGCCAGGCCUCCAUGCCCAAAUCGGCCGGCGCCUCGCUGCGGCGGUACAAUGAGGCGGCUCUGCUCAAGGACAUCCAGGACCUACUGGCCGGCUGGGCGCAGCAUCUGCAGGGAGCCCAGCGCAUCUUCCUGCGUGCCCCCCGGGCCAACCGGGCACUGCUCUUCAGCGGCAGGAACCCCCCUCUGCACAAGGACGACCCCCGUGUCUGCAAUAUCCCCUUCAGCACCCGCAGAGCCACCUUCAGGGAGGUGCUGCGGGUGCACACGGCCCUGGCCACCCUGCAGGUGUAUGGGAAGGACACAGCGGUGGUGGAUCUCGCUGGCUCCCCCCGGAAGGGCUGGAGGAAAGUGCCGUGUGCGCGGGUGGAAGAGCCCCAGCAGAGUGACGCCAGCACCCCGUCGGAGGAGGAGGAGGAGGAGGAGAGCCAGGCUGGGGAGCUGGAGACGGUGGAGGUGACGCUGAGCACGCUGCAGCUCCGGGAGUUUGAGGUGACACCUAAGCGAAGCCGCAAGAGGAGGAGGAAGAAAGACAAAGUGGGGAGAGGAGCAGGGGCCCGCGCCGAGGGGCCAGGAGGCCAGGAAGAGCCCGAGGGCUCAGCACCCCAGCCGGGAGCAGCAACGGUGGCAGACCCUCAGGAAGGGCCUGGGGCAGAGCCUGCUCCCUGGCGGAAAGGAGCUUCACAUCCGGCCUGGUGCCAUCCUGGAGCACGCUUUAGCCUCACCCGGGUGACGGGAGGGGGGCGCACUCUGGUGUGUGCCGCACAGGGGUCAGACGCUGCGCGUCCCCAAGCAGAAACACUCUUGGGCCAGCUCCGCGACGCCCUGUUCACGGCCUGCAAGACGGGGGACGUGGGGACGCUGCGGCGCCUCCUGGGUGUGGCAGAGAGCGGAGCACCCCCAGCAGGCAGCGAGGAUGGUGUCAUGGGACAGCCCCAAGGCCACCCUGGCAGGGUGCAGAGUGAGGGGUCGGAGCCCAACCGCGCAGCCCCCUGGGCAACCCCUGGGUUCCUCUCGCUGCUCAGCGAGCCCAUCGACGGCACCGGCUUCACCCUGCUGCACGUGGCGGCUGCGGCAGGGAAGGGGGCGGCUGUGCGACUGCUGCUGGAGGCUGGUGCCGACCCUGCGCUCAGGGACUGGCAGGAGCGGCCCCCGUACUGUGUCUCUGCCGACAAGUCGACACGCAACGUCUUCCGCAAGUUCAUGGUGGAUCACCCAGCCAAGUACGACUACGGGCAGGCCAAGGUGCCCGGGCCCCUGACGGCGGAGAUGGAGGCCAGGCGGCUGGAGAAGCAGCGGGCGCAGAGAGCGCAGCGGAAGCAGCGGGCGCAGGAGCUGAGGGAGCAGCAGCAGCAGCUGGCACAGGAGCAGGAGGAGAAGCGGCGCUUUGCGGCCCUGCCAGACCGAGAGAAGGCGCUGCUGGCAGUGCGGGGAGUCCCUGCUGGGCCGGAUCCCCUUCCACUACCUCGACUUCUCUUUCUGCUCCACGGGCUGCCUGCAGACCCACCGCCGGGGCCGCGCCGGCCCCACCUAGCGCCCGCGCCAGGCCGGCCAAGGCAGGGGGCUGCCACGUGUGGAAACGGACAGUCGCCUGCUGGGGGGGAGGGGGAGGCGCUGGGCACUCCCGGGGGGCUGAGCCCGAGUCCCAGCCUCCUUCCCAGCCCGGGGGGCAGGCCCCUGCCCAUGCCCCCGCCUCGAGGGGAAGGGGCUCAUGGCACAGGAUGGGUUGGGUGGGGGGACGAGCACCCACCCUUGGGCGGGAGCAUCAGUACCACAAGGGGCAGAGCCCUGGGUUGGGGCAGGGGGAGCAGGCUGCAGCUGGGGGCAGCGGGGCUGGUGGAUCGAUGGAGGAGGGACCAGGCCGCCUUGCCCUGUGCUGUGCGAACCGCCUGAGGGCUCCAGCUCCCGGGGCCAGGCAGCUGGGUGGCCUACAAGCCGGGGAGGGGGUGGUUAAUGACUGGCAGCUUGGCUCAGAACAGCGCCCCCCAUGGGCAGCAGCUCAUUGCCUUGGGUGGGAGCUCGCUGCAGCACCCUGGGCCCUGCCUGCCACCCGUGAGUCCUGCCUGCUCCAGGCCCCUGCAGCUCAGCCUAGCCUCCAGCUGCCCUUGCUGCUGGACCUGGCGAAGGCGGGGGAGUGAUAUAGCCCCCCGUGCCCAAGGCCCUGGUCACCCCCUGCAUGCUGGCGGCCAUGCUGCAGACAGGUGCCCGGUACCUUGACCCCAGGACUCUGAGCAAGCCCCCCACUGGCCCGUGAGUGCCCCCAGGCUCUGGCUCAGGGCAGCUCUGCCGGCGCCCCCCAGGGUCAGUCCGAGCUGUUCACGGCCCAUGAGGUUUGCUGUGAACCACGCUGGGGCGGGCGCAACGCCAGGGUGACAGAACACGCCGGCCAGGGCAGGGAAGGCACAAGAUUUUGCUUUAACGGGUAAUAAAAUGUAACCCCCAGUGCCCAGCCUGGGGGGCGUGAGCCAGCAGGCAGGAAACCAGCUCCCCUGGCAUUGCUGCCUCUGCCCCCACCCCGGCAAGCGGCCAUGACGCCCCCCCAAACCUGGCAAUAAAGGGCAAGCUGCAGGCAG